AUGUUUCUUGAAAAUCCCCUUAACGGGUAUUUUGGUGAUCUUCCAUAUGUUGGGCCCGUUGAAAGUAGUGCCUUUUUUCAGCUUGUUUCAGAAGCUCGACUGCAUAAGCUAUCAGAAAAGAUGAUAAUUAAUCCAAGGGAAAUUGAUUAUUUUGUUCACCCGAAAAGUAAAUUAUAUUCAUCUAUUAAAUUUAAUCACAGGCAAAGCUCUUCAAAGAUAAUAAAAACUACCAUUUACCCGGAACUGAAGAAUAAUUUUCAUUCAAUAAGUUCUUUUAACCGAGGUUCUAGUCCAAAAAUUAUUCACAUUAAAGAAUCGGUAUCACGUAUUUUUAAACCAAAUACUGAUACAAAUCUAACAAAUAUAGUAGGAUUGGAUUUUUACGGCAUACAAAAAAUAUGGUCAGAGCUCAUCAAAUUCAUCUUUGGAUAUGAACCAGACACCAAUUUAUAUUUUGCUAUUCCAAAUAUAGACAACUAUUUACAAGAUGAACUUGGAACUGGUGAUUUUCUCCUUUCUUUACUUCUUAUAGGGGUUGCAUCAAUUGUCGAUUUUGUCGUUUCCAGAGAGCUAAACGUUGGAAGAAUCAAAAACGUGUCGCUCGAGCUUACUGUUUUCAGUAACAACUUCGGAAAAUCUAUUGCCGAUACUUUGGAAUUUUUCUGCGAAAAUACAUUAAACUUAUCAGUAUCUCGCAGUUUUUGUUCUCCUGAUGAAAAAAACAUUUUUUAUCAGAAUUUGUUCACAGAGAUACCCAGUCUCACGAUAUCGUCUCUCAACGAAUUAAUAGAAAAUGUGAGAUCUCGAUGCGUUGACAGACAUGAGGAGUUAUGUGAUUUAAAUUUUUCUGAAAACGAGUCACCAACGUUUGCACCUGUUAUACUAGUUAUUGUCCCACUACUGAAUUCAAUUCGUAUCAAUUUAAAGAAGAGUCUUCUUGACAGCUACUCCUAUGAACCCAUCACCGUGUUAUCUGAUAUGGAUUGGGAUGCCACUAUACUGGAUCAGAAAACACCAAUUAUUUUUUUCUGUUCAUCGGCAUGGAUAUUAGAACAGGCACGGUUUCCAAAAUAUGACCAGCUUUUGUGUAAGCUUAAUAUAAAAACAAUUCUUCAUUGUGGUUUUAUUGAAUUUAAGCUGACAAUUGAAGAAGAAUUAGCUGAGACGAUAACGUUUAUAAAGUUUUUAAAUCAGUCAUCAUUUGAUAUUUCAUUUGUGAAGCAUUUACCACAAUCAUUUUCAGAAAAUGCUGCAUAUCCUUCUAGAAUGAACGCGAUAGAGGUAGCCGGAAAUACUAUUCUUCUUAUGUUUCGACUGUUUAUGAUGAGGUACUCUCCAGUUUCGGAGCAGCCGUUUUUUACCUUCCCAAGAAAUAUUUUUUUCAGUGAAAGUGCUUGGAGACUUUACCUAAAGUGUGUACCUAUACUUUCAUUAGGAGGCUUGAUUAAAGCAACCUACGAUCACUCUGACUGGCCGAUAGUAGAGUUGACAGUGUUAGGAAGGUUUAUUUCACUUAGAUUCAGACUUACCGAAAACGGUACUGAGGGGCCAGAAUUAUCGCUUAUUGAUUCUAAAAUAGUGGUUUGGUCACACUUACUACGACAAAGUUAUUCUGACACAUGCAGCCUUAUUCAGGAAAGAUACAUAUUUAAGGAUUGGAUCAAUUGUAAUGUCAAAAAAUUCUGUGAUACUUAUAAAAUGAUUCUUUCUGAGGGCAGCACUAGCAGAUUUCAAUCUUUGAUACGCCAGCUUUCCAAUUUUGGAAUAAAUGAUUUAAAUGACACAAAAAGGACUCACCUUAUUCUGAGUUCACCCUCAGGAAGGAGAGGGCCUAUUCCGUUUCAAUUGUCCGAUCGACGUGUCACGACGUGCCGUGGUUGGUUUGAUAAAGCACCACUACAGAUAGGUCUUGUUUCAGAAAAAAGAAGCGUUGAGACUUUCUGUCCUCCUCCUAGUUCUUUGUAUUCUGAGGUUGAGGUUGCCUCAAAGGGGUCUAUUUUUCGAAUCCAAUGCCCAACAGAAGUGUCGUACCCUAUCAUUGUCGCUUACUUUAUCUUGCACAUUUCCCUCCAUAAUAACGGGAUUUUUGUGGAGUCGGUGGACGCAGUGCCACCCGUACCUCUUCCUAAUAGUAUACUGCAGUCGCACACCAUGCUAACUGUAUUAAAGGAUCCAGAUCUAGAUAAUGUGGGGUUAUGGCUUGAUGGAAUUAUGUGUGAUGCAGCUUUGGCACCUUCUGAUCCAUCUAUGCUGGUCAAUCUUUUGUUGAAAGGCCAACAUUUUAUUGAAUUAUGCGAAAGAGUGCCUUUUACGCGAAAAAGAAAAUUACCUAAAACUGAGCCUAAAGUUAAUUGUAAUCUGGCUACAAGUGGUGUGUUUGCCGGAGUUACACCGAGAUCAUUAAUUGAGUCAGAUACAAUAGAAGAAUUUAUAAACCUUGUUGGCACGAUUGGUAGGGAAAAAGCUGAAAGUACAUUUAGGCGUAAAAAAGGGUUUGGGUUCCUAGAUCCGGAUCAUUAUCUUUACCCUUACUACCUUCACCUUCUAUCCAAAGGCAUUUAGCUAUGAAACCAUGCGUAAGGGCACUGCACCUUGUCUUUAA